GUAUUUAUUUUAGACAUGGCUUAAAGAGAAGAACAACGGCCCUCUGUAUCCCUUUGAUUUUCAUAUUUUUAUAUUUUUAUAUAUACAAAUUUCCACCUGAUAUAUAUUGAUUUCCCAGGUUUAGUUUCAAUCUUAAAACCCCAUCCCAUCUGCUUCUUCUUGGUGUUGUUUAUAUUUUUCCUAUUGAAUUAUACAUACAAGGAAGAGAUAUCGGCGGCGUGACGUAGGAAGCAGAGAGAUUAGAUGGAAACCCAGAAUGCCGAAAAACGCAGCGUUUGACACAACCGGCGAAUGAAUAAUAUGCCAAACGCCAUUACUUGACUUCAUCGGCUUUCUCUCUCUCUCUCUCUUUGCGUUAUUCUGUGAGAACCAAAAAAACAACGGCAGUACUAAUUGUAAUAGUUGUCAAGAGGCACACGCAGUAGUGGUUUCCGUAUAUGUCCCUUCACAAACACAGCUCAUCAAUAAACUCAUAACCAGCUUGUUUUUUUUUUUUUUUUUAUCCUCUUCCCCAUGGAACAUAUUCUUUCUUCUUUUCAUUCUCUCGAUUCCCCGGUUUUUUACCGUCCUCUUCCCCUCCACCGGCGUCCAAGGUGGCCCCGUAUGGGCUCCUCCACCCCCCACCACCGUAACAACCAAAACAAGACCAAACUCAUCGUCAUCAUGGGUGCUACCGGUACCGGAAAAUCCCGCCUGUCCGUCGACUUGUCAACCCAUUUCCCUCACUCUCAAAUCAUAAACUCAGACAAAAUGCAACUUUUCAACGGCUUAGAUAUAACCACGAACAAGAUCCCUCUCCCCGAAAGGAAAGGGGUUCAGCACUUUCUUCUCGGCGAGUUCGACUCAAUCGACGCCGACGUGGCGCCGUCGCAGUUCCGUUCCGCCGCGGGUUCAACCAUCGCCGACAUUGUCUCGCGUGGGAACUUGCCGCUUCUUGUUGGUGGGUCCAACACUUUCAUUCAUGCUCUCCUGGUGGAAACCUUUGACCCUCAAGUGGACGUGUUUGCCGAGUCGAGCUCAGUGAGUCGAGCGUUGAGGUAUGACUGUUGUUUCCUUUGGGUCGACGUGGCUUGGUCGGUACUCAGUGAGUACCUAUGCAUACGAGUUGAUGAAAUGCUUGACUCAGGGAUGUUGGAAGAGUUGGCUCAGUUCUAUGACCCGACCAAAGCGGGUGCCAUGGUUGGGCUACGGAAGGCAAUCGGAGUACCCGAAUUCGAUGCCUAUUUCAGGAAAUACCCGCCGUGGGAAAGCCCAGAAAACGGCGUCGUCCCCAACAAGGACUGUGACCCGAGCCGGAGGGAAGCGUACGAGGAAGCCCUGCAGGAGAUCAAAGAUAACACGUGUCGAUUGGCAAAGAGACAGAUAGGAAAGAUCCUACGGCUGAGAGAGGGCGGAUGGGACUUCACUAGAUUCGACGCAACGGCGACGUUUCAAGCAUUGAUGAAGAAAAAGCAGUCGUCGGCGGUGGCGGCGCCGGAACUAGAAUGGAGGGAAAUUUGGGAAAGGGAAGUGGUGGAACCAAGCGUGAAGAUUGUGAAGCGAUUUUUGGAGGAGUAGGUUUUCCAGCUAAUUUAUUCUUUGUUGCAUUAAAAAAAAAAAAACAAAACCGAAACAAAACGGGAACUCUCUCCCACAAAAAAAUGUUGGAAAAAUUGCUCUAAAAGAAAAGGUCGGAAAAAUUCAGAUCAGCAAGAGUGGGAGAAUGGCUGGACCAACUGACUCAGUUAGGUGGACCCAUUUUGGAGCAUCGGGGCGCCGUUGGUUCGAACCAGUCGUCAAUGGUGGUGCUUGCAUUUUGACCAUGGCUAGGGUGGGGUCUUUAAGGGGCUCUCUACACAAACAAUAUUUUAUCAGAAAAAGAAACAAAUUUUGUAGGUAAACAAAUUUUAUGAGCUUUUAUUGUCUAUGUGUUUUGGUUUUUUUACAAAUAUUAAAAAUGUUUUUACUACUUAAA